AUGGGACGAUUGAUUUCAAUAGUGGUUACAUUUUUUAUUGUAUGGCGACUGUCAAAUUCUUCUCCAAUAUGUCGAUCAUGUACGAAACAUUGCUAUCAAAACGAUACAUCCGGCCCUAUGAAUAGCACCGAUACGGAUCUCCUAGACGAUAUUGAAACGAUCCAUAGACGUAAACGUGAGACGGAAGUGGAGUUUCGUGCAUGUUCACGAUUCCAGAUCGAAAUGUUGCUGAUACCGUUGUCGAUCGCUAUGAUACCCAUUAUAUUGUGCUCAUUAAUAAUGUGCACAUGUUGUUGUGGUCCGAAGGAAUCCAGAGGAAAAUUGCCGGAUGACUUCCUAUCUUCUUUCCCGAUGUCAAAGAAGCGAAGUCAAAUGAAUUCAGAAGAGAUGGAGCUGGAAUUUCGAGAUGGUUACGUGCAACGCAAGGACUCCACACGAACAAAAUUCUCCACCGUUGUAUCGUAUAUCGAAGCAAGACGAGAAAGCCUUUGGUCAGUGCGAACCGAGGGUGAAGGGUCCACAGCCGGUGAGGUGAAAGAGGAGAAAGAACAGCAGCCUAGCACAACUGUAGUGGAGCAGACACGAAAAAAUUCCUCCAUAGAUUCGAAACGAACACGAUUCAGCGACACAGUGUCAGUGAUUAGUGCUGAUUCACUGUGCCGACGGUGA